UACGCGCUCCAGGAGGUGAAGCGGAGAGUCGGCGUCCGGUGGAGCUCAGAGUCUGGCGCGCCGCCAUGAUCAUCCCCGUGCGCUGCUUCACGUGCGGCAAGAUCGUGGGCAACAAGUGGGAGGCCUACCUGGGGCUGUUGCAGGCCGAGUACACCGAGGGGGACGCCCUGGAUGCCCUGGGCCUGAAGCGCUACUGCUGCCGCCGCAUGCUGCUGUCCCAUGUGGAUCUGAUUGAGAAACUGCUCAACUAUGCGCCCUUGGAGAAGUGACCACCUGCCUGGCCCCCUGCUGUGCAGCUCGGCCAUGUCCAUUCACGUCCUGCCUGGAGCUCUCCCCGUGGGAGGGUGGAGGGACACUGGUCCCCAUAGCCAGUGAGUUCCCCGAGUCAUAUGCUACCCAAUAAAGUAUUUGUAGAAA